AUGAAGCGCGUUUCGCUCGAUGGGUUGAUCGACGCGCAUUUCGCGCGUCGGGUGGCAUUGAGCGGCGGCGGCCUUGGCCUCAGCAGCAGCUCACGGCCCUCCUUCAAGAGCGGAAGUCCCACCAGCGCCUCCGCUAUUGCUGCCGCUACCGCGGCCUUCAAUUCUCCUUCCGCCACCGCGUCUCUGACCGCAGUGCGAAGUCCCGUUUCCCUGGUGCAGCAGCAGCAACAGAUUCAGCAGCAGCAGCAGCAGCAGCAGAAGAUCCAGCAGGCACUCGCUGGUUCCCCUUACUUACAGCAACCUGGUGUCAACACUUCUAAUGCGGCUUUGGGAGAUGGAAACUUUGGGGUUCCGCUUCUCCAGAUGCCUGCGCUCAAUCCGUCGACGUCUCUCAGCAUGUCCGUGCAGCUCGCCAAUCUCAAAUCGCGAUUGGCUCUCCAGCGUGGCUCGCUCCUCGCCCAAGCUCUUCGCCUGACGCAGCAGCCAGACUUCGCGUCAGUCGCCGAUCUUCCCCUCCUCGCGAACGUGCGGAAACUCGCCAAGUCAUCGUCCUCGUCUUCUCUAACCGCAGCAGCAUCCGCUCCAGCGGCGGUUGGCUCUCCUCCUCACUCCUCUGCUCCCUCCGGCUGCUCCUCUCCAUCCGCCGCCGCCGCAGCCUUCUCUGCUGCAAGUGAGCCGUUCUGUAUGCGUCGGUCUUCUCUUUCCUCGUCUGGCCGUUGCCUGUCUCCCAAUGCGUCCUUCGUUGCUGCUGAUGGCCAAGGCAACGGCCGCCUCGCUCCAGUUAUGCGCAUGCCUUCGUUCGAUGUCAGUUCAGUCUGCAAAGCCCUACCUUCUGCUGCUGCUGCUGCUGCUGCUGCUGGUACAGCUGCUGGCACUGCUCCGGUUAGUGCUUCUGCUGAUGAUUCUGCUGAAGCUGUUCUUCCUGUCGAUUCUGCUGCGAGUGGCCGCACUUUCACAGGCGGGGGUGGUGGAUUGGAGGGAGGUGGUGGUAGAGGCGCCGAUGAUGCUUUCGCUUCUCUGCCCAGCUCCUCCUUCACUGCUCUUCUCACCUCCUCUGCUUCCGCCAAUCAUCGCCUGGCUUCCAUGGCAUCAGCCGCGCCGGCGCCUGUUAUCUCCCACACGUGGAGGCCACAGGGCAACGCCAGGUGCCUUCAGAAAACGGUGCCUGUGGAGUCAGCGAGCGGGGCGAGCCGAGAGACGCAAAUCCAGCAGCAGCAGGUUUACCAGUCCCAGCAGCAGGCUUUGAACUUCAAGCUGCAACAGCAGCAGCAGCAGGAGAUGAUGCCGCAGGUCCAGCAGGUGAAGGGACAGCAGCAAGUGAUGUCUCAGCGUCCUGACAUGAUGCUGUUGGAGGCGUUUUCAUCCGCUCGUUGUGCUAAUAAUGACAGGCAUACACCACUUCAGAACCUGGAUUGCAGUCAGAAUGAGCCCCAGCAGACACUUGAUGCUGGUUCCGGAGAUCCAUGGGGCGCACUGAACACAACCGAGGAUGCUAGGUUGGCGAAUAUUAUUUCCAGCGGGUCACUUGAGGCUGUGGUUGCCGGCAAUGGGCGUAUUUCCGAGUUUCCUUUGACUUCCUUCGAUGAUCAGAAGCCUUUGGGAGCUGCAGAGUUCCAAAGCGAGGAGGCGAUGUUCUCGUCGCUCUCCCACAAUGGCAUGUUUGCUGAGAUGCCAGCAAGCUUCUCCGAGUCAGAUAUGCUCCAGGCGAUACAUGCUGAGAUGGAGUACAUCCUCGAUAACUCCUCCUCGCCCUACGCGCAAGUGCUCGCGAGUUCGAGCCUCGUGAAGCAGGUCACGGACCACACUCUGCCGGUGCAACUACGACUCGAUAUACGCAACUACGUGGUGUCCUUCCUGGCCACCAAGGGUCCCAAGGCAGAGUGGUGGCGUCGCAACUACGUGGUGUCCUUCCUGGCCACCAAGGGUCCCAAGGCAGAGUGGUGGCGUCGCAGCUACGUGGUGUCCUUCCUGGCCACCAAGGGCCGCAAGGCGGAGUCCUUCGUAACAGCGUCUCUGGUGCAGCUGCUGUGCCUGCCAGUUCUUCUUGUUUCAGGCUCUAAAAAAACUCUCUCCUUUCCGUCCUUGUGGGUUUUGUUGCUCCCUGUGGGUUUCAUUUUUCCUUGUGGGCUUGCAGGCAACUACGUGGUGUCCUUUCUAGCCACCAAGGGUCCCAAGGCGGAGUCCUUUGUGACGGCGUCUCUGGUGCAGCUGCUGUGCCGGAUCUCCAAGCUCGGGUGGUAUGACGACGAGCGGUUCAGAGACAUCGUGGAUGAGUGCACCAAGUUCCUCGCGCAGGUACGUGUGAUUGCAGUCCAAGGGCUCAAGAUUUUCAACCAGCUCGUGGCAGAGAUGAACCAGCCUAGUCCUGGCCGGUCCCUAACCUUCCAUCGCAAGACAGCCUGCUCCUUCCGAGACCUGGCUCUCUUUGCCAUCUUCCAGAUCUCCCUCACCAGCCUCAGACAGCUGCAGUCCGACGACCUGGCUCUCUUUGCCAUCUUCCAGAUCUCCCUCACCAGCCUCAGACAGCUGCAGUCCGACGCCGAUGACAAGCUGAGAGCAGAAGCAUUCUCCCUGGCUCCCCGCUGCCUUUCCUUUGACUUCGUCGGGACAUCACUGGACGAGAGCUCGGAGGAGCUGGGAACCAUCCAGGUGCCUUCUAUUGUUCAAGAUCUAACCCCACCCCCUUCUUCCCCUGCAGCUGACGACAAGCUGAGGGCGGAAGCAGUCUCCCUCGCCCUCCGCUGCCUUUCCUUCGACUUCGUCGGGACGUCAUUGGACGAGAGCUCGGAGGAGCUAGGAACCAUCCAGGUGCCGUCGUCGUGGAGGGCAGUGCUGGAGGACACGGCCACCAUGCAGCUCUUCUUCGACUACUAUGCCGCCACCAAGCCCCCCCUUUCAAAUCAGUGCGUGCCGUCGUCGUGGAGGGCAGUGCUGGAGGACACGGCCACCAUGCAGCUCUUCUUCGACUACUAUGCCGCCACCAAGCCCCCCCUCUCCAACCAGGUAGGGUUCCCCGCCCCCGUUCUCCAAUUAGUGCCGGAGGACACGGCCACCGUGCAGCUCUUCUUCGACUACUAUGCCGCCACCAAGCCCCCGCUCUCCAACCAGGCCUUUGAGCGCUUGGUGUGCUCUCGAGUGCCUUGUCCGGCUGGCUUCCGUCCGCCGGUCCUUAUUCACGGGCGAGGCAGAGCGCCUCAAGUUCCUCUCGCACCUCAUGAACGGCUCCACGGAGAUCCUGCUGCUCCUGACCCACCCUCCUCUUUCUGCUCCCACGCCCCUGCCAACCAGGCCUUGGAGUGCCUUGUCCGUCUAGCCUCUGUCCGCCGGUCGCUCUUCACAGGCGAGGCAGAGCGCCUCAAGUUCCUCUCGCACCUCAUGAACGGCUCCACUGAGAUCCUGCGGUCCAAGCAGGGCCUGUCACAGCACGACAACUACCACGAGUACUGCCGCCUGCUGGGCCGCCUCAAGACCAACUACCAGCUCGCGGAGCUGGUGAAUGCCGAGAACUACGCCGAGUGGGUGCAGCUCGUGGCGCAAUUCACGAUUACAUCACUGCAGUCCUGGCAGUGGGUGCAGCUCGUGGCGCAAUUCACCAUCACCUCGCUGCAGCCCUGGCAGGUGCGUCCGCUGGGUGGGCUGGGUGGGGUAAGUGGAGCCGUGGGUGCAGCUCGUGGCAGAGUUUACUAUCACGAUCACCUCGUGACAACUACCACGAGUACUGCCGCCUGCUGGACCGCCUCAAGACCAACUGCCUGCUUCCUCCCCGCUCCCUCCCGCACGAAUGUUCCCCCGCUCCCUCUGGUCGCGGCUACUGUCUUCCAUGGCCUACACCAGCCUGCUCCAUAA